UGGAAAUUUUGAUGGAAAUAAACUGACAUGGUAAAUCACAUUCGUAGAAAACAGCAACUUAUUCACUGAAAAUAUCUGGGAUAAAUUUAAAAUAAUGGUAUAACUACAGAUGCCUAAAGCGGAAAGGCAAAGAACGAGAAAUGUCAGGAGAGCAAAAAGCCAAAGGGACGCAAAAAGAAGAGAAUGACGAGGAAAACAAGCUCACUAUUGGAUUUGUUGGCAGACCACAAGUUUUCAUCGAGGAGCCUCGAAGACUCCCAGUGCCAUUACUCGUGAACCAGUUUAAUAGAGAACCUACAACAGUUCAAGUUUUUCAUAAACAAACACCAUGGGGAGCGAAAAAUACCUGUCUACCAACAAAACAGAAGAGACGUUGUAAUAUAUUCAGGUGGUGUCGACGAAGGAGAGGCUACAAAGCAGAAACAGUUAACGAGGUUGUGAGGGUAGGCAGACAACGUCGCAGAAUUGUUCGAGAGGUGGAAUUGCGGCAAAGGUCGGAGUCGGCACCGCCAGUGGUCAUAAAAGAAAAACGUCAUGUGUUAAAAAAAUCAGCCAGCGUAAAACCUAUUACUAAGACGCAGUACGCAACUGUGGUGAAGAAAUACAAACACAAAGCGCCGUUGGCUGAUCGCUUCGUGAACUGCAUAUACCGCGUGUGUUGCCAGUUCUAUUGCUACCUCACCUGCGUGAUCGUGGUCAUCGUGGUUGUCGUAUUUGUGUUGUAA